AUGUUGACAGAGGAAGUUUACUUCCACGUACGUUGGGCCUGGAUGACAGUCAUUGCCCUUGAGACACUAUGCGUCACACUUCUCCUCACAUUUACCGUGAUUUCAACACGAAAGGACAGCCUCGUCAAGGACUCGAGCUUCGCCUUGCUGGUGCAUAAUCUGAGUGGGUGGGAUAAGGUGUGCGUGCCUGAGCUUGAGAACACGGGAGCUCUGGAUAGAUUGGCAAAGACCAUGACAGCAAAGCUAGAGGUGGACGAGGACGAGAUACUCAAGUUCCGACCACAGGAUGGAGGUCAAAAGGACAUUCUUUUCCAGUAA